AUGUCAGACCAAGACAGGCCGAGACACUUGAGCGACGACGGCGUCACCGCAGCGUCGUCCGAUCAUGCCACCACAAAGGCGACUCUCAAGGACCGGCAUCUCUACAUGAUUGCCAUGGGAGGCUGCAUCGGCACCGCCUUCCUCGUCGGCUCCGGCCGGACCCUCAGCCGUGGCGGCCCGGCCCUCACCCUCGCCGGCUUCGCCACCACCUGCGUCGUCGUCUGGGUCUUCGCCACCCUGCUCUUCGAGCUCGCCGCCGCCCUGCCCCUGCGUGGCGCCGGCGCCGACGCCUACGCCACGCGCCUGCUCUCCCGCUCCUGGGGCUUCGCCCUCGGCUGGAACUACUGGUACGCCUACGCGGUGCUCGUGCCGUUCGAGAUGACCGCCGCCGCCCUCGUCGUCGGCUACUGGGCGCCGCCCGUCUCCGACGCCGUCUUCGUCACCAUCCUGCUGGUCGUCGUCGUCGGGCUCAACUACCUGCCCGUCGCGCAUUCGGGCGAGGCCGAGUUUGCGUUUUCCUCGCUCAAGCUGAGCAUGCUGGUGGGCACCAUGAUCCUGUCGGUCGUCGUUGCUGCCGGCGGCGGGCCAAAUGGCGAUGCCGUGGGGUUUCGGUACUGGCACGACCCCGGCCCGGCGAACCCGUGGAUCGUGCCGGGCGGAGGAGGCAAGUUCUUGAGUCCGAUGUUCACGCCGCUCCUCUUCUUCUACUUACCUCAUCUCAAGCUCUCUUUCCUGGGUGAGAUGGUCGCCAUCUGUGGAGGCGAGACCAAAGACGCCCGGAAAUCCAUCCCCCGGGCCUCCAAGGCGCUCAUCGUCCGUCUCGUCUGCUUCUCCGUACUCCCCAUCUUCUUCGUCACAUUGAUUUGCCCGUCCAACGCGCCCGAGCUCACGUCCGGCGGCGCCGGUGCUGGAUCGUCGCCCUUCGUCAUCGGCAUCAAGAUGGCCGGCAUCCGCGUCCUCGACCACAUGGUCAACGCCGUGAUCCUCUGCUCCGCGUGGUCGGCUGGCAACGUCUACCUGUACUUGGCGUCGCGCUCCAUCUACUCGCUUGCGUUGGCCGGCAGCGCGCCAAAGAUGUUUGCCCAACGCAACCGAUGGGGCGUGCCCUAUUGGGCGGUUACGAGCUGCGCGGUCGUGGCCUUGCUCGCGUACCUCAACGUGAGCUCCAGCGCUGGCCAGGUCUUUACCUGGCUCGUCAAUAUGAUCAACAUGGCGGCCUUCUUCUCAUGGAUCCUCAUGUCAUUCGCCCAUCUCCGCUUCCGCGCGGCCAUGGACGCCCAAGGCCUCGAUCGGUCGACACUUCCGUACGUCUCUCGGUAUGGUAAGCCGGGCGCCUGGCUGUGCAUCAUCUACUUUACCGUUAUCGGCUCGCUAAAUGGCUUCAACGUCUUUUUUCCCGGGCAUUGGAGUGCUUCGGACUUUUUGACAGCUUAUAUUGGGACGGUGUUAUUCGUGGUCUUGUAUGUUGGUCACAAGAUGACCGUUGGGAGAGGGGAUGCGUGGGUGAUUCCAGUCGAACAAGUUGACCUGAGCUCUUUACACCAAGAGACGGCUAUUGAGGCGACUGUAUCGCCCGAUACAGAGACCUCUCGUUCGAAAUCCAGUCUCUGUGACAAGUUGGCCUGCAAGAGAGGGUAG